AUAAAACAAUUGUUGCUGAAUGUUCAAAUGUAUUAUGUCACCUUUCUGUGUUAUCUGAGCAAAACGGUUGGAAAAUAGGUGCAGUGUAAUUUAAUGGGUUGCAUCAUGCCAGAUGGAAACAGAAAUAAAUGUUUUUUUUAAGCACUCCCACACAGAAGAAGCGGAAGUGCAUGAAUAAAUGCAUCAUUUACAUACAUGUGAUGAGCUCAUGACAUUCUUUUUCUAAGGAGCUCAUCACAUUAAAUUAUUCUGCCGUGAGCUCAUUGCAUUUCAUCGACUUCAAGUCAGGUUUGGGCGCAUUUUUGACUCAAGUAUAAAAAAAACUUCCAGCUGUCCAGUUCAUCUGACGGAUGCUGGCCUGGUGACACACGCUCAUCACUUUUCUCACGCCUGGAUGCAGCCAGCAUCAAAAACAAGGGGGGAAAAAAAAGAAGAUGGCUAAUCUGCGUUUGCCCACCUGCAUAAGGAGAAAAAUACCAGUUUGAGGUGUGCGUACUUUUGUUGGCGAUAAGCAUCCACUGUCAGCUCGACUUUCAGUUUGCAAGCGCACGAAGGCAAAGGACAGCAUCCCCAGAGUUGUGCUGCGUGACCAUGGAGCGGGCUGAAGACGGCAUCGCCGUGGUGGGCAUCGGCUGCAACUUCCCAGGCGGAGAGGGUCUAGAAAACUUCUGGAAGGUUCUGGUGAGUGGCCGGAAUUGUUCGGUUCUGAUUCCCAAGGAGCGGUUCGACUUAAGCCCAUGGUACGACCCCGACGACAACAAGGCGGGCAAGUCCCGCACGGCCAAGGCCGCCCUCAUUGAUGGUUUCAACCAGUUUGACCACAAGUUCUUUGGCAUCAGCGACAGCGAAGUGGAACAAAUGGACCCUCAGCAGAAGCAGCUGCUUCAGUGCGUCUACAGAGCUCUGGAGAAUGCCGGCAUUCCCGUGGAAAAGGCAAGCGGGACCAGAACCGGAGUGUAUUUUGGCCUCAUGAACCGAGACUACGAAACCAACGCGGCACACGUGCACCCCAGCGUCAUUAACCACUGGACCGGCGCGGGGUUGGCCAUGAGCAUCGCCGCUAACAGAGUGUCGUACAUCUUCAACUUCACUGGGCCGUCGCUGGCCAUCGACUGCGCCUGCUCGUCCUCCCUGGUGGCGCUCCAUCUGGCGUGCCAGGCCAUCAAACAAGGCGACUGCGAAAUGGCGGUGUGCGGCGGCGUCAACUGCAUCAUCGAGCCUAGAGUGUUUGUGGCUCUCAGCAAGGCGAAGAUGAUCUCUCCGGACGGGACCAGUAAGCCUUUCUCUACCAAGGCAGACGGUUAUGGCAGAGGGGAAGGAUGCGGCGUGGUUCUCCUCAAACCACUGAGCAAGGCCUUAGAAGACCAGGAUCACAUCUGGGGCGUCAUCAGCAAGACCGCCGUCAACCAGGACGGACACUCUGUGUCGCCAAUCACCAAGCCAUCCUUGACUCAGCAGGAGGAGCUUCUGCAGAUGAUCUACUCUAAGAGUGACAUCGCUAACGUCCAGUACAUCGAGGCCCACGGCACCGGAACGCCAGUCGGAGACCCGACGGAGGCGGCGAGCCUCUCCAACGUCAUCGCCAAAGUCCGAGCUUCCGAUGCAGAGACUCUGCGGAUUGGCUCAGUGAAGAGCAACAUCGGACACACGGAAUCUGCCGCUGGGGUGGCCGGACUCAUCAAGGUGCUCCUCAUGAUGAAGCAUGAGACCAUCGUUCCUUCGGUUUUCUUCUCGGAGGAGACGGCGAGCGUAGACUUCCAGGCUCUGAACAUACAUUUUCCCAAAGAGGUCGAAAAGUGGGAAGCAAGCGGAGGGCGGGUUGCCGGAGUAAACAAUUUUGGCUUUGGGGGUACGAACGCUCACGCUAUUGUCACCCAGCACAAGCGGUCACAUAGAGCAUACAGAAAUGAUAGCAGGAAGGUGAAAUAUUUUGUCAUGUCGGCAAAUUCACCAAAAUCUCUCACUCUCACGCUAGAAGACACCAUUAAACGUCUGGAGAACAACGUGGAUCUCGAUUGUCUUUUGUACACGGCAGCAUGCAGGAGGAGCCAUCUCAAACACAAAUACAGACGGGCUUUCCUGGUUUCAUCCAUAGUCGACCUGAAAGAGAAGCUCCAGGCUGCUGUGACCAAAAAUACAACAACCCCGUCGCUCCCGGAUCCAAAGUUAGUGUUUGUCUUCUGCGGUAAUGGCGUCACUUACUACGGCAUGGGCAAGGAGCUGCUCCGACACGAGCCAGUGUUCAGAGACAAAAUUGAGCAGAUUUCCCAAGUUUAUCAGCAGCUGAGCACACUCAACAUUCUGGACACGCUUGAGAGUGAGAGCGAACGUAGCGACUUCAACGCUCCGGAUGUGAUGCAGCCUCUCCUCUUUGCUCUGCAGGUGGGCAUAGCCACCUUGCUCGGACACUGGGGUGUCAAAGCCGACGCCAUGCUGGGACACUCUGUUGGCGAGGUGGCGGCAGCUCACUGCUCGGGCCUCCUGUCCCUGGGGGAUGCCCUCAAAGUCAUCCACUUCCGUAGCAUUCUCCAGGGCGAAGUGGCCGGUGGAAAGAUGCUGGUGAUUAGCAAUAUGGCCAUAUCGGAGGUCACAGCUCUUCUCCCUCAAUACUCUGGGAGAGUUUGUCUUGCUGCUUUUAACAGCCCACAGUCCUGCACCCUCUCGGGGGAUGCCGAUGCAAUCGAGAGCCUUCAGGCAAAGCUGAGGAGCACAGCUAACAGUGAGAACCUCUUCAUCCGCGUCCUAGAGGUCCCCGCUGCUUAUCACAGCCAUAUGAUGGAUCCAAUUCUGCCAAAAAUCAGGCAGGCAAUUGGCUCCUUGGAGGGGAACGAGCUUAGAGUGCAGUUAUUCUCAACGGUGACCGGAAAGGAGGCACAGAGGGGGGAUUUCUGCUCAGGUGAUUAUUGGGUUAGAAAUGUGCGGGAGCCCGUCGCUUUCGAGCAAGCAGUCAAAUCAGCCAGUCAGGGAAAGAAAUGUGCGGUCUUUGUGGAAAUAGGUCCAAGACGAGCCCUCCAGAGGAACAUCAUGGAAACUCUAGGUAAUGAGAUAGCUGUCAUAGCCUCGCUGCAGCCACAAAAAGACCACGAGACACUCUUGUCCGUCACUUCAAAGCUGUUUGAGCUUGGUGUCCACAUAGACUGGAACAGCUUUUAUGUAGGCUAUGAGGCACCGCCGCUGCCUUUCCCGAGAUAUCAGUUUGAUUCCUCAGACAGGGAUGUCAUCAUCAAAGGGGCUCAGAAAAACAUAGCGAGUAAUCACCCUGUGCUCUGUGCCACAGGAAAUAAGAGCAACACUUUCAGCUGCGAUUUGAUGUCCGACUCCACCUUCUACCUGAAAGAGCACAGACACAACAAAGUACCCAUCAUCCCUGGGGCCUUCUAUGCAGAGUUGGGUUUAGCCGCAUUCAUGGCCUGCGCCAAACCGAAGGUCCCUCUCAACUCACUGCAGCUCAGUGUCAGUUUUCACAGCCCAUUUGUCAUAACCCCAAACUCCCAAGAGAUGAAAGUGGAACUCGAACAAAAAGAGAAUGAAGCUAGUUUCACAGUGUUCUCCUCAUCAGCCACGUAUGCAUCAGGCUCAGUCGCCUUCAAGAAAGAGCGCCCGGUCGAAGAGCAGUGCAUUGACCUGGACAGUAUUUACGAAAGAUGCACAUCUGUUGUGACGUAUCAGGAAUUUUAUGGUUAUCUUGCCCAAGGAGGCUUUCAGUAUGGCGAUGUCUUUACAAAUAAAGCAAAUGUACACUAUGGCGAAGAUCUGAAAGAGGCUUUUGCCGUGGUCACAGUUCCACAGGCACUACGGUCUCAGUUGCACAACUACUGCAUUCAUCCAGUAGUGCUGGACUUCCUCAUGCAGCUCCUCCCAGUCACAGUAGAGCACAUUUUUGCUGGGAGACCAGGAUUUCCUGCCAAGAUCGGAACUUUGACCGUGUUAGAACCAUUGCAAGAUGAGAUGACAGUCUACUUGAGGGCAACCGAUGUUGGUGCAGACCACUUUGAGGUCUGUGGAUGCUUUGCUGAUCGACAUGGUCGCACUUUGGUCGAAGUUAAGCAUGUGUUAAUCAAGUACCUUGGCAGUCGCUCUCAUGUGGUUGAGGAAUACUUUUACCAUAACGACUUUAGUGUCAUUCCUGAGGGGAUCACAAAUGAUCCACCUCCUAAGGCCUUAGUCUUUUCUGACCAUCUAGGGAUUGCAGAAGGCCUACAUCCCCACUUAGACGAAUGCUCUCAGUACAUUUCGUUCACAAAUGCCACAGACAUUUUGAGUCAAGGCUUUCCAUCUCUCUUGGUAAACCUCAAGAUAACAGACAUUGAGCAGAACUUUGAUGAGGUCUUGUUCUUGUGGGGCAAAGAAAACCUCAACUCGCUCACGCCUGAUAUUGUCCUGCAAAAUCUGACAAGUUGCUGUGAAAUUUUUCGCCAGGUAGUCCUCGAGCUCAAGCGAAUUAAAUUCCCCAACUCCAUCCGAGCAGUAACCUAUUGUUCAUCCGAACUCACAGUUGAUCAUGUAAAUCCAGGCUUUGCCAUUGUCGGCAUGACAAGGUCGCUUGCUGCAGAAAUAGCCGAACUCUCAUUUCAGUUGGUUGACAUUGGCUCCAUCAGUGCUAAGGACAUUGCGGCUCUGUCAGAGGUCCUUCGAGCUUAUCCUUGCAGCAAAUACCCAGAACUGGUGGUUAAAGACGGGGUAAUUCUGAAACCUUCCAUUGCGCGUACCCCUCCUGAACUGACUGACAAUUCUGAAGCCACUUUCGUGUCCAACACAUCUGAACCUUGCAUCCUCCAGACUGGGGACGCUUUUAAAAUGUGCCGCUUGAGUGCCAUUCACGUCCAUGCUGACGUAGAGCAAAUGAGUGACACUUCAGUUGAAAUUCAGCCCACUAAGUUAUGUGUCCAUUCGUCAGACUACACUCCUGUGAGUGCCUCGCAUCUGAAUUUUGGCCAGACGCUAUACUGGAACAAACACUCCUCACAGAACCACAAUCUACACAUGCUUGACUUCAGUGGAAUCAUUACAAAGGUUGGAAAGGAUGUCAGGAAAUUAAAAGUGGGAGAUUCUGUGGCUUGCUGUUACCCUGUGGUGGCAGCCAGUAGGGUCAGAGUUCCACAGGAUGUGUGUUACGCCACCAAAAACUGCCCUUUCCUUCAAACAACACCCUGUGUCUCCUACUUUGUGCUGGCAAAGGAAAUCCUGUGCCGUGUCUUGCCAAAAGCCAAGCACCGUCUCUGCAUCAUAUCUCCUGUUCCUGAUUCCGCUCUGGUGAAGGUUUUGACACUUGCCUCUCAAAAGUGGAAGUGGAAUGUGAUUGUUGCAACACAUUGCUCCUUUAAAGAGGCCAAUCAAAUAGAUGCAUUCAUAGUCCUCCCUCCAUUCAAGAAAAGCUUGAUUGCAGAAGUCUGCAAUUUUUCUGGUGUCCAGAAUGUUGUCCUUGUUCGUGGAUCUCAAACACAGCACUUGCUUGCCCAAGAUGAGCUCCCGAGUGUAAAAGAAAGUGUCCAUGUCCAAACAAUUAACAUUCCGGCUAUUUUGCAAAAAGGAUCCCUAUGUGCUCGAAGGCUACGUGUUCAUCACUGGCUCAAGUCCUUUAACCUCAACAAGAAGUUUUCCCUUGAAAGCUUCACCUUUCAGUGUAUCAUAUCUGAGAAGAUCCACAUCCUUCCGUCAGAGAAGCCAGACUCCUACUUCCAUGCAAAGAAACUGGCCAUUGUGGCGCUGGAAAAGUGUCAGACAACCGCGACAUCAAAUAUUCCACUUCUGUGUUCAAAAAAGCAGCUUUUCCAAAACAGAUCGGUGUACAUUGUGGCAGGCGGCUUAACCGGGCUGGGCUUUGAAACGGUGAAGUUCAUCUCGCAAAAGGGAGGCGGGUUUGUCGUCACCCUCUCCAGGAGCAAGCCCUCAGAAGAGGUGCAGGAGGACAUCCACAACAUUGAGAAGCAGUGCGGCAACACCGUGGUCAGCAUGCAGUGUGACAUUGCCGUGUCUGAGCAGGUGCACAAGGUUGUCUGCGACAUACAGCUUAAGUUCAAAGGUUAUCCAAUCAGAGGGGUGUUUCACAGUGCGGUCGUCUUGCAUGACGCGCUGAUCGAGUCCCUUGAUAGAUCCAUCUAUGAGGAGGUUCUCAAGCCCAAGGUCAACGGUGUGCUAAACUUGCACCAUGCAACACUGAGCUGCCAAUUAGAUUACUUUGUGUGUUACUCCUCCAUAUCAGCCUUUCUGGGAAACGCAUCACAAACAAAUUACGCAGCAGCAAAUACAUUCCUGGAUUUGUUUUGUCAGUACAGGCGCAAGCUCGGCCUGCCCGCUCAGUCCAUCAACUGGGGAGCUCUGAACCUCGGACUCCUCUUGAACAAAGAGCUGUUCCAUCGCUUCCUGGAAGCCAAGGGGAUGAUGGUGCUGAUGGUGGCUGAGAUCCAUAAAAGUCUCGAGCAAUGCUUGCUGCUCAAUCGACCGCAACAGGCCGUUUGCCGCUUCCACUUUAGGAACAUCCGCUUUAACAUCCUCUCGCAAAAUGUCGCCCUAACCAUGCGGCUUUCGGCGCUGGUGGAGCAAGCGCUCCAAAAGUCCAGAGAGUUGAAUUCUCAAAGCAAAAACACAGAGGAGGUGCCGGCCAGAGAUUACGUCGUCUCGCUGCUCAGCAAAACCGUCGGCGUGGACGUGAGCGAACUGAAAGAUGACAUGCCGCUCUCGUCGCUCGGCACCGACUCAAUGCAGGCCAUGACGCUGCAAAACCUCAUGUACCAGGACCGAGGCGUGAAUGUGCCAUUGGUCAAACUUUUGGAUCCCAAUGCCACGCUAUCCACUGUGGUGGCCAUCCUGAGGGAGGGGCAAGAUGGUGGAACUAAGGACCUUUCAAAUGAUGAUGCCAGCACAGUUUCGACCAGAUUUUAAGCAAGAUCACUGUAGGUAUGUGAUACAGUGGUACCCUGACUUACAAGUUUAUUCCAAUCCAUGACCAUGCUUGUAACUCAAAUCACACUUCCCCAUUAAAAUGAAUGGAAAUGCCACUUAUCUGUUCCAGCCCCCCCAAGAAAUGGCAAUAUUUUUUGUAAUGUGGUUUUAAGAAGCAAAAUAGAACUGUACAAUAUUGUAUUACAGGGGUCCCCAACCAUAUAGGCCACGGACCAGUACCAGGCAGCACAGAUAGACUGAAAAAUGUUUCUGUGUGUGUGUAUGUGUAUAUAUAUAUAUAUAUAUAUAUAUAUAUAUAUAUAUAUAUAUAUAUAUAUAUAUAUCCAUCCAUCCAUUAUCUGAGCCGCUUAUCCUCACAAGGGUCACGGGUGCGCUGGAGCCUGUCCCAGCUAUCAUUGGGCAGGAGGCGGGGUACACCUUGAACUGGUUCCCAGCCAAUCGCAGGCCACAUACAAACAAACAACCAUUCACACUCACAUUCACACCUACGGGAAACUUAGAGUUGUCAAUUAACCUAGCAUGCAUGUUUUUGGGAUGUGGGAGGAAACCGGAGUGCCCGGAGAAAACCCACAUAGGCAUGGGGAGAACAUGCAAAGUCCACACAGGCGGAGCCGGGGAUUGAACCCCGGUCUUCAGAACUGUGAGGCAGACACUCUAACCAGCCAUCCACCAUUUCACAGUGUUAUAUAUAUCCAUCCAUCCAUUUUCUGAGCCGCUUCUCCUCACUAGGGUCGCGGGCAUGCUGGAGUCUAUGCCAGCUAUCAUCGGGCAGGAGGCGGGGUACACCCUGAACUGGUUGCCAGCCAAUCGCAGGGCACAUACAAACAAACAACCAUUUGCACUCACAGUCACACCUACAGGCAAUUUGGAGUCUCCAAUUAAUGCAUGUUUUUGGGAUGUGGGAGGAAACCGGAGUGUCCAGAGAAAACCCACGCAGGCACGGGGAGAACAUACAAACUCCACACAGGCAGGGUCGGGGAUUGAACCCCUGUCCUCAGAACUGUGAGGCUGACGCUCUAACCAGUCGCCCACCGUGCUAUAUAUAUAUAUAUUUUAUUUGUUUGUCUGUGUAAUACGUUUCCGUCAGUCAAUUUAGGUAAUUCACUCUUAAGUCAAGGUACCACUGUAUUGUAUAAGAACUGAAGAAGUUGUUUAUGAGAGUCUACAUUUCAAUUUGUUGGAUUUUUUUUUAAUGUAGUUUUUUUGGAAACAUUUUAUUUACCAGAUCUUGCAGGAGACCUGCUUGAGAUUAUUUUGUGUUUGCAUGAUUAUCUAAUGCAGCACGGUAAAGAGUGGUUAGAGCAUCAGCCUCACAGUUCUGAGGACUGGGGUUCAAUCCCCGGCCCCGCCUGUGUGGAGUUUGCAUGUUCUCCCCGUGCCUGCGUGGGUUUUCUGCGGGCACUCCGGUUUCCCCCCACAUCCCAAAAACAUGCAUGCUAGGUUGGAGACUCUAAAUUGCCCGUAGGUGUGAAUGUGAGUGCGAAUGGUUGGUUCUUUGUUUGUUUGUGCUCUGCAAUUGGCUGGCAACCA